AUGUCAUCAGAAAGCAAGCUACAGACCUUUCUCGAUUGGAGUGUCAACAAUGGUUCCAGAAUUGACGAAAGACUUCAAUUCAAAUGGACUAGUUCCGCAGGUGUAACGUGCUAUGCUCAAAAGACUAUUGGUAUCGAAACAAAGCCCUUGAUAUCCGUUCCUAAGAAACUAUUGAUUACAAAUGAAUUAGCAAGAAAGCAUUUCACCUUCAUGGAUAAACAACUUCCAACAUCAAAUCUGAAUGCGCUCACCCAACUAUAUUUAUCACAUUUAAAAUUUAAUUUAGAUACGUCAGACAAAGAGAGAGAUUUUUUCCAACCAUAUUUGGACAUUUUACCAUUGCAUAUGAAUCAACCUUACUUUUGGUCAUCAAAUGAGCUGGAAUUGUUGCAUGGGACUGAUAUUUUCUUAAAGAUAAAACAAAAUUUCUCUUCUUUACUUGAAGAGUUCACAGAGUUAGCUACUAUACUGCAUAUUGAUGUUGAAGAUAUACCUACUAGUGAGACAGUAUUUACAUAUAUUGAGACCCAUUUAAAUAACUUGCAUUCAGGGAAUAUCCAAUGGAACAGUUUUAUGGCUUAUUUGUGGAGUUCUUCUAUUUUUACAUCUAGGGCAUUCCCUCAACUUUUAAUAGAACCUACCAUAGCUAGAGAGGAAAGUUCUUUGGCAUUUCUAUAUCCAGUUGUUGAUCUUUUGAACCAUAAAAAUGAUACCAACGUGAAAUGGGAAUUUGAAAAAGAUGAAGAGAGAGCUGAUUUUAUCUUCAAUGAAACUUUGAAAGCUAAUGAUGAGUUAUUCAACAAUUAUGGGGACAAAUCCAAAGAAGAAUUGUUAUUGGGAUAUGGAUUCAUCCCUGAAGAUAUCAACCCAUAUGAUACUAGCAGUUUGACAUUGAGACUAGACGAAAACCAUAUUUCACAAGCUCGACUACUGGCAAAAUUACCUGACGUCAACCUUGCUGCGGACAAUUGUGUUCAAUUCUCACUGUCCAUUAAGGAACCAGUACCUGAUUCCCUAUUUAGAUUAUUUGGUUACUUGAGUAAAUUGAAAUCUGAAAACACUUUAACCUCUAGAAGUAUUCUUGAAGGCUCAGAUGAAUUAUUAACAAUAUUAACAAGUAAACUGGACCAACUGAAAAAUAAAGGUGCCAUUUCAAAUUCUUCAAAAAAUUGUAGUCCAGAAAUUAUUAGAAUGGUUAAAAACUAUUUUAAUUCACAAAGAAGAAUAUUCCAAGCCUCUAUCGAUUUUUUACCAAGGUUUCAAAAGACUAUCUUGAAAAAAUGUGCCAAGGAAUGUCUCUCCUUCAAGACAAUUUACAAGAUGGACAAAAGAUUUUCAAAUAGUCUGUUGCUUUCUUUUGGUGUUGUUAAUUUUGAAGACUUAAUUAAGAAGGGUUAUUUGAAGCAGGCAUUACUAUUGUGGAUUGUUAGAAUUUCUAAUAAAGAUGAAUACAAAGAUGAUAAUAAGUUCUUGAAUUCGUCAUUUCAUUUUCUAGGUAUUGCUGAAUGUUUCCAAGAUGUUAGUUCUUCCAUAGUUAUCGAAAAAAAAGAUGUGAUGGAAUACAUGAGUUUUUAUAAGAGUUUAUUCCCAAUGUUGGGCGAAAAGAUUCCAGAAGUGUUUGAUAAAGGUAAUUGGGGUCUAAAACAAUUCAUUAUUGCUGAUACUGUUCUCGAUAGAUUAGUAUGGAUCAGAAAAUUAAAUCAAGAGCCUAUUUUCCUAAAGAAGCAACAUUUACAGUUAUAA